AUGGAUUUUGCCGGUAAUAUCAAGCGUUGUGAUGCUGAUCGAGUUCCAUGUCCAGGAUCUCAUGAGUGUAUAGGUCACGGAAUGGAAUCUGUUUGCUGUUUGAAGCCAGAACGAAUUUGUCAGGCUUCGCUCAAUGCUGGAACUUCAUGUGGUGGCCCUCCGCAAACAAGGUACUUCUACGACGCUCCAUCGAGAGUGUGCCGCCCUUUUACCUAUACUGGCUGUGGAGGAAAUGAAAACAACUUCAAGACCAAAGGAGAAUGCAUUCACUUUUGCAAUGCAGAAAUUAUUUGUUUGCGCGGUGAUCCUCAUCCUGACAGAUAUUCCAUCAACAAAAUCGCUACAUGUACUGAAGAUAGCCAGUGUUCAAGGAACUACACUUGCACCCGACAAGCUGAUCUGAGGAAAGGAGCAUGUUGCCCUAGCAGAGACUUCGUCUGCGGAUCCCCGUUGGCGGAACGAAGCAAUCGUAGGUUCAUCUCCAAAGAAAUGACCUGGACUUUCGACUACAGAACUGGAGACUGCGAAAUGAAGGAGUACAUACCUGGUGACGAGCAAUGGAAUUCCUUUGCCAGUCAAGAGCAAUGCAUUGAUUUUUGUGUUGGUACUUGCCCAAACCAUCUCGAAGUACAUUACAACCCUGUCACUGGCCAACCGCAGCUAUGCGAUGCGAGGGCCAAAACCGGCUGCCCUAUGGGUUUCGAAUGCGUAAAAACAAAGGCUUGUAAUGUGGCCGAUACUUCCUUCAGAUCUCCAUUUGCUGCAAUCUGCUGCCGAACUAAAGCCAUCUGUCCAGCAGCUGAGUCCAUAGCUCUUUUGAAAGAGCACUUUUUACGAGUUGUCAUGGCGUAUGCGUCAUACCUCGUGAAACGUGAAACCUUCAUGGUGUCUGGAUUUCUUUUGAAACUCCAUCUGAUGAAGAUAAAGAGAAGAAAUGAGAGAAAACCAGGACAUGCUAAGGCGAAUAGGGAGCAAAGGGAAGGGAGUACAUCUGCUGUACUAAACCGCUGGAAUGUCCCGAUGGAAUGCAACCAUUGCGUGAACAUGAUUAGCACAUUAUUUGCUGUUGUCAGCAACGGCAAAUUUGAAAACCGCUCCCGCUUCGGAUUAAAUUGCGGUUUAGAAAAAAUUAAGAUAGUGGUCGUCCUCGCACCUGCACAAUUGGAGUUGAUGGAAAUUGUCCAAGCGAUCAUGCAUGUGUGCUUGGAGCUGGUAGGUGUAGCAAGACGGAGAACCAUUGGCGAACUUUGCUAUACAGGAAAGAUGCCAAACGGGGAGGACCGCCAUUUGUGUUGUAAACCCCAGAAAAAGUGCAUAGUUCCAUUUGUUGAUUUGGACGAAAAACGACCCAAGAGAUGCUUUCCAGUAAUUUUUGAAAAAACCUUCAGCAUUGAAAUACUUCAAGGAGAUCUAUCUUGUCCAUCGGCCACAGCUUGCCUUCCCGUCAUCGAAGAGGAUGAUAACAUCACAUCAGUCUCGGACGCAAUCUUCUUCUGCUGCCACAAAGUCGAAGUUUUCACAUGCAGCGAUUCGAAAAUGCCUCUACUAGACGUGACCAACACGAAGCCCUUGCGGUGA